AUGAUGCCAUCGAUAUUUAUAACCCCAGCAGGUAUAAGAGCUACUUCUCGGGUGUGCUAUGGCAUAAGGGUAUACUCAACAAAACUCGAAAAGGUCUCUCCUCAAAAAUAUCUGCAUGAUCCUGUCAAACUAAUUGUUAUACCGAUAUCCGACAGGGAAUCCUUCAUUUACUAUAAGCAUACCGAUAACCUGUUCAAUACUCAAUCUAAGAUACUAAAGACAGAAAAAUGGAUUGUCGAGAAAUCAAAGAAGCUUUGGAGGAAAUUGAAAAUGUCCCCUAAAUCGUACAAUAAGAAAAUCGUGUCUAUGAUCCAAUCUUUGCUGAAUAGUACGCCAUGGUCAGAAAAUAGCCUGCUUACCAUACCAAGUGAAAGCUAUAUCCUGAAAAGAAUCAAGGGCGAAACAGACAAGGCACAAGAAAUACGGCUCACAUUGAAAGAUUAUACUGUAAAGGCAAAAAAGGUAGAUACACAGCCUCUGCACAUUUACUAUCCCUCUGAAAUCUCCAAUCCGGAUAAGUGCUUAAAGCAAAUGAGGAAACUCUACCAAGAUGGCCUAAUUUACCAUAAAAGAUGGACCUUGUACUGCAUUUUGGGACUCCCGCUCACCAUCCCUUUGAUUCUAAUACCGUUGAUACCAAACGUCCCCGGGUUCUACCUCUCUUACAGAGCCUAUGUUAAUAUAAAGGCCUACCUUGGCGCCAAGCACUUGAAGAGCCUACUGGAAAACCCGAACCAAAAUUUAGAAUUUAGAGAUUUACUGGGCUAUGCAGAAGUCUACAAACGUGGGAACAGCAGCCAUUCAAGUGGGUCACAGGAGGGAUCAAAAGACGCACCAAAAUUAUUGCUCAACAAGAAAACUCUUCCUUUGAUCUUGGACUUUUUAAAGAUCCAUGAAUUGGAGAGCGACUUGAACAAAGUCAUUUUUCAGAAAUCGAAACCACAAGACAGGAGCAGAGGCUGA